CGACCCCCCUCCGUUUGCCAACGACUCCGGGCUCCACUGUCGCUCGCUCUCGCUCCCUUCCCUCCCACGCAAUGGUGGCCGAUCGCCUCCGCCUCGCGCUGCUGCUCUCCGCGUGCCUCUGCUCCGCGUGGGCGCGCCCACGCCUCGAGCCGACCAUCCGCCUGCCGUCCGAGCGCGCGGCGGCCGACGACGCCGUCGGGACCCGGUGGGCCGUGCUCAUCGCCGGCUCCAACGGCUACUACAACUACCGCCACCAGGCGGACAUCUGCCAUGCAUACCAGAUCAUGAAGAAGGGCGGACUUAAGGACGAGAACAUCGUUGUCUUCAUGUACGAUGACAUCGCGCAUAGCCCGGAAAAUCCGAGGCCUGGUGUCAUCAUAAAUCAUCCCCAGGGUGGCGACGUCUAUGCUGGGGUGCCAAAGGAUUACACUGGGCGAGAGGUCAACGUCGACAAUUUCUUCGCUGUUCUGCUUGGCAACAAAACUGCUCUCAGGGGUGGGAGCGGCAAGGUUGUGGACAGUGGCCCCAAUGACCAUAUAUUUGUUUUCUACAGUGACCAUGGGGGUCCUGGCGUCCUUGGAAUGCCUACGUAUCCAUAUCUCUAUGGUGAUGACCUCGUAGAUGUCCUGAAGAAGAAGCAUGCUGCCGGGACCUACAAAAGCCUGGUCUUUUAUCUUGAAGCAUGCGAAUCUGGGAGCAUCUUUGAGGGCCUCCUGCCGAAUGACAUAAAUGUGUAUGCGACCACCGCGUCAAAUGCAGAGGAGAGUAGCUGGGGGACGUACUGCCCUGGCGAGUUCCCGAGCCCUCCACCGGAGUAUGACACUUGCUUGGGAGACCUGUAUAGUGUUGCUUGGAUGGAAGACAGUGAUUUCCACAAUCUGCGAACUGAAUCUCUCAAGCAGCAAUACAACUUGGUCAAGGAUAGGACAGCGGUUCAGGAUACAUUCAGCUAUGGCUCCCAUGUGAUGCAAUAUGGUUCAUUGGAGUUGAAUGUUAAGCAUCUGUUUUCGUACAUUGGCACAAACCCUGCUAACGAUGACAACACGUUUAUAGAAGACAACUCGUUGCCAUCGUUCUCAAAGGCUGUUAAUCAGCGCGACGCUGACCUUGUCUACUUCUGGCAGAAGUACCGGAAAUUGGCAGACAGCUCACCUGAGAAAAAUGAAGCUCGGAAGGAGUUGCUUGAAGUGAUGGCCCACAGGUCUCAUGUUGACAGCAGUGUUGAGCUCAUUGGAAGCCUUCUCUUUGGCUCUGAGGACGGUCCAAGGGUUCUGAAAGCCGUCCGUGCAGCUGGUGAGCCUCUGGUCGAUGAUUGGAGCUGUCUCAAGUCCACGGUUCGUACUUUUGAGGCGCAAUGUGGGUCGUUGGCGCAGUAUGGGAUGAAGCACAUGCGGUCCUUCGCAAACAUCUGCAACGCUGGCAUCCUUCCUGAAGCAGUGUCGAAGGUCGCUGCUCAGGCUUGCACCAGCAUUCCUUCCAACCCCUGGAGUUCUAUCCACAAGGGUUUUAGCGCCUAAGAAUCAUAAGGUGAGGCGAAAUAUUUCAGCCGCUCCACCGCAACGAACUGGUUUACAUUACCAGUCCUCAGGGGGGUCCUAGUUCUUGAACCAUAGGUGAAGCAGACUUAUACCACUAUUAUAGCUGUUCCACCGUCGUUCCAGAUUACAUAGCUAUGCCCAAUUUCCGGUGUACAUAUAUAGUCGGAAAGUUAUUUGGCAAUUGUAUUGGUCGUUGCUGUAUAUAUUCCCUAUAGUUUGUUAGCAGAUGUGUAGUUUGUAAUUCCAUAAAAAUGAAGGACGCGUUACUGCUAUUUCUAUGU